AAUUCUGCUUCUGCAUAAUUUGUUGGCUCGCCGUGGCUUAAAGUACUUAGUCGGAAAUUACGGGCUGGUUAAAUGCGAAAGCGAAUGGUACAAUAGCAGGAUGAACAGUGUGUUGAAGAUUGUGGUUGAGUUUUUUGUGUAAAUUUACUUUGCCGUGGUGGUAUUGUUAAAGUUGGAAAGUUACUACAAACAACUAAUUUUCUUGUCCGAUCGAAAAGCUCAUGUUCGGUGUGUGUGAACAAGUUGGCAUCGGAGCGGUGUCCAGUCGGAAAAUAGCGGUGCCACCAGCACAACACCGGUGACCGAAAGGGCACCAAAGAAGCAAAAAGGAAAAGAUAACGAAAAACGUGAAAACCCCGAAAAGUAUUUGUGUCUGUGCCAGAAUUCAAUGAAAAUUAUGUAAUAAGUUGUUAUAUUUUCACUCUCUCAACAUCUUCUGCAGAGCGGAUUUUCCUCACAUCGACGUCAACGCUCCGGAACGUGUGGUGUGUGCCCUACUCACAUAGAGCAGGAGGAGGAAGAAGAAUAGAAAAUACUUACCAAGUGCUAUUUCGGAAUCGUUGGCCAGUGUCCGGGUGCCCUGAUGGAUCCCAUUUGACGACCAAGGGGCCUUUCCGUUGGUGGGCCUUUGAAAAUUUUUUGGAAGACCACCAGCGGCGCGCGAUCUCGCCGGAUCCUCUGGACUUCGGAAUACUAUUAGUCCAAGUGCUUUAACGAGAAGAAAAGAAAAAGACACAUUCAUAGUGAGAGCGGAAAAACCAGUGAGAACAAGAGCAAACCAUCAGCAGAGGUCCUACAUUCAGGAUUCACAUUCCGGCGAUCGAACACGUCGAGAGAGGAAAAACGGUUGCUCGAAAACUCAAAGAAGUGGACCACCAUUGUUGAGUGUCGUUUGAAAAUCUAAGCUAAAAAAAUUAGAAGAAAACCCGCUCGGAAAAUUCAACACACACACACGCAUUCGCGCGAAAUUCCAAGCUACAGGAGAAAGAACCCAGUGCCAGUUUGGUUAGCGGUGAGCGAAAAUUUCCGUUCCAAGUGACGACGAGGAAAAACACAAAAGUGAAAAUCCUCGCGCGCCGUGUUUCUGUGUAUACUACCUGUCCGUGUUUGUGGAUGUGUGUUGUAAUGGAUUAGAAACCCGAAACUUGUCGCGGAAAAGCCAGGCAUAGAAACGAGAAAACGUCGUGUCUCCUCCACACAAUAAUAACCACAGUGCAGGUCCAUGUAAAAACAGAUAAAAAUCGACCCCAUAAUUUAUUCGUGGAGCAGCAGUAGUACGAGCCGAAAGCGAGAAAUCUGUGCCGGAGUACAAUCAAAACCAUUUGAACGAACGAAGAAGAAGGAGGAUACCAGUCGGCCUUUCCCAAUCGAUCGGGGAGUCCCGCGAACGUCGUCGUGAUUGCAGCUGUUUUUUCCUCAAGGAGCAACGUCGUCAUGUAACGUUGUUCUUAGUUGUUGUUGUUAGUGUCCUGUGGCGGCAGUCAGUCGACGAAAAAGCGGUUGUGCAUUGUUUGUUGAAACAGCUACCGGAAACUAGAACGGAAGAAGGUGUAAAGUGUGUACCAAGUGUGUGUGUUUAGUCGUCAAGAACAACUGAUUAGUAGACCUUCUAGUAAUCGUCGAAAGGAUGGCAGUUAGUUAGAAGUAACUGUUUGUUCAAUUGUAACCAGAUCGCCCUAUACGCACCUGCAGCAGCGACGGGGCACGUGGCUGUGUGUGGGUGCGCGUCCACACGGCGGAUCGUGUGCGUGUUAGCAGAACACCGUAAGGCCACGAGACGACUGUCUCGCAAAAGGAAGGAUACGCUUCUUCUCCAAUCAAUCAACCAAACCAACAACAAUACAAAAAGGCAACAGCAGCAAGAACUCACUCUUUGACACUCACUAAUAUAUUAUCAUUAUAACAAUUAGGUACGGCUACCGAGAAUCUGCUACCUUGCCCCAUCCACAUCAACUGAAAGUGCGCAUCGUAGAGUCGAAGAAAGGAGCAUAAAACCUUCAAACGAAGCCAUCAUCUUAAGAUAAAAGAAAACAGAAACUCGUUAUUCUAAGUCGAAUCUAGUAAAUUAGUAAAACAAAUAAACCAUUCAAAAUGGCAACGAUAGACGGGCGACCUGCACAGUACCAGAUCACGCUGAAGAAUCUGCGUGAGAUCAUGGAACAUCGUGGCAGGGAAGCGGUGAGCAUCGUGAACGAAUACGGUGGCGUCCAUGAAAUUUGUCGGAAACUCUACACCUCCCAAAACGAAGGUCUCAGCGGCUCGAAAGCGGACAUCGAGCACCGGCGGGAGACCUUUGGUUCGAACAUUAUUCCCCCGAAACCACCGAAAGCGUUCCUAACACUGGUGUGGGAGGCGUUACAGGACGUGACGCUGAUAAUCUUAGAAAUUGCUGCCGUUAUUUCGCUGCUUUUAUCGUUUUAUCAACCGGCCGAUGAUGAUGAACCCGUAUUAGAGGAGGAAGAGGAGCACUACUCAUGGAUCGAAGGCUUAGCUAUUUUGGUGUCGGUGUUUGUGGUCGUAAUAGUGACAGCAUUUAACGAUUAUUCGAAGGAAAAGCAAUUCCGAGGGCUUCAGUCGAGGAUCGAGGGUGAGCACAAAUUCUCCGUUAUCCGAAGCGGUGAUGCGGUCCAGAUCAACAUAGGUGACAUCGUGGUCGGUGACAUAUGUCAGAUCAAGUAUGGCGAUCUGUUGCCGGCCGAUGGUAUCCUCAUACAGAGCAAUGAUCUUAAGAUCGAUGAAUCUUCGCUGACCGGUGAAUCGGACCACGUGAAAAAGAGUGAAUCGACCGAUCCGAUGGUGCUAUCUGGAACUCACGUGAUGGAAGGAAGCGGUAAAAUGGUCGUUACUGCCGUUGGUGUCAACUCGCAGGCCGGUAUCAUUUUCACCCUACUCGGAGCAGCGGUUGAUGAACACGAAGCGGCAGCCAAGAAGCAGAAGAAAGAUGCCAAGAAAGCGAAAAAGAACAGCGAUGAAAUUACCAACAACAGUCACCAUGCAGGGCUUAAGUCUCAGACGACUGUUGAUUCGAUCACAUCCGAUGACGAAGCUAAAGCUGGUGGCGGCGGUGGACACGGAGGCAAGGAAAAGUCUGUACUUCAAGCUAAACUUACGAAACUGGCCAUUCAAAUCGGUUACGCUGGAUCCACGAUUGCUGUCCUAACGGUUAUCAUCCUCAUUAUCCAGUUCUGCAUUCAAACCUUCGUCAUCGAGCAAAAACCAUGGAAAAAUUCGUAUGCCAACAAUUUGGUCAAGCACUUCAUCAUUGGUGUGACCGUGUUGGUCGUUGCCGUACCGGAAGGAUUGCCACUGGCCGUUACCCUGUCUCUGGCUUACUCGGUCAAGAAAAUGAUGAAAGAUAACAAUCUGGUGCGACAUUUGGAUGCCUGCGAAACUAUGGGUAAUGCAACGGCAAUUUGCUCAGACAAAACCGGAACACUGACCACCAACCGGAUGACUGUGGUUCAAUCGUAUAUCUGUGAGAAGCUAUGUAAGGUGACACCGAAAUAUUCGGACAUUCCGAGAAUGGUUGGCGAAGCUAUUACCGAAGGUAUUUCAUUGAACUCGGCCUAUACGACUUGUUUGAUGCCGGGCCAGAAUCCAGGCGAUCCAGCUCAGCAAGUUGGUAACAAAACGGAAUGUGCUCUGUUGGGCUUCGUGCAAGGUCUAGGACAAAGUUAUCAGCGCAUUCGAGACGAUCAUCCAGAGGAAUCGUUCACACGUGUGUAUACUUUCAAUUCGGUGCGCAAAUCCAUGACCACUGUUAUCCCUAGGAAAGGCGGCGGCUAUCGAGUGUACAGCAAAGGAGCCUCGGAAAUUAUUUUGAAAAAGUGUUCAUUCAUUUACGGCCAGGAUGGUGUGUUGGAAAAGUUUACCCGAGAUAUGCAAGAACGACUACUGCAUCAGGUCAUUGAACCGAUGGCCUGUGAUGGGCUACGUACAAUUUGUAUUGCCUUCCGUGAAUUCGUGCCUGGAAAAGCGGAAAUCAAUCAGGUACACUGCGACGGAGAACCAAACUGGGACGAUGAAGAAAACAUUGUAAGCAAUUUGACAUGUCUUUGUGUGGUUGGUAUUGAGGAUCCAGUAAGACCGGAAGUGCCAGAUGCUAUCCGCAAAUGUCAGCGAGCUGGUAUCACGGUACGAAUGGUUACGGGAGACAACAUCAACACAGCCCGGUCUAUCGCAACCAAGUGUGGAAUUAUUCGGCCUCAAGAUGAUUUCCUGAUCCUAGAGGGUAAGGAAUUCAACAGACGAAUUCGCGACAGCAAUGGUGACAUUCAACAGCACCUAUUGGACAAGGUAUGGCCGAAACUGCGUGUGUUGGCUCGUUCAUCGCCCACAGAUAAGUACAAUCUGGUGAAAGGUAUUAUCGACAGUGCCGUUUCUGAUAACCGAGAGGUCGUUGCCGUAACCGGUGACGGAACGAACGAUGGUCCUGCCUUGAAGAAAGCCGAUGUUGGUUUCGCUAUGGGUAUCGCCGGAACCGAUGUUGCCAAGGAAGCCUCCGAUAUUAUCCUCACUGAUGACAAUUUCAGCAGCAUAGUUAAGGCCGUGAUGUGGGGCCGAAACGUCUACGAUUCGAUCGCCAAGUUCUUACAGUUUCAGCUAACGGUCAACGUGGUUGCCGUCAUUGUGGCAUUUAUCGGCGCCUGUGCUGUGCAGGAUUCGCCCCUUAAAGCCGUUCAAAUGUUAUGGAUGAAUUUGAUCAUGGACACCCUGGCGUCGUUAGCUUUAGCCACCGAAAUGCCCACACCAGAUCUGCUGCUGCGUAAACCGUACGGUCGAACGAAACCACUGAUUUCGCGCACAAUGAUGAAGAACAUCCUGGGCCAAGCCGUCUAUCAGCUGAUUAUCGUAUUCGGGCUGCUCUUUGUCGGUGACAAAUUCCUGGACAUCGAGUCUGGUCGCGGCCAGCCGCUAAACUCCGAAGCAACACAACAUUUUACCAUUAUUUUUAAUGUUUUUGUUUUUAUGACACUGUUCAACGAGUUAAACGCCCGAAAGAUUCACGGUCAGCGAAACAUUUUCCAGGGUCUCUUCACGAAUCCGAUCUUCUACAGCAUCUGGAUCAUUACGCUGGUAUCACAAAUCUUUAUCAUCCAGUUCGGCAAGGUUGCUUUCUCGACCAAAGCGCUCAACGUCGAACAGUGGCUGUGGAGUGUGUUCUUCGGAAUGGGUACCCUGAUCUGGGGCCAGAUUGUCACGUCGAUCCCUACCCGCAAGAUGCCCAAAAAGAUGGCGUGGGGUCGAGGUGAAGCCGAGUAUGCCGAAGCGAUCCGGCUCGGCGAAGAGCGCUACGAUUCGAUGGAUAAUGACAAGAAACCCCGUGCAGGUCAGAUAUUAUGGAUCCGUGGCCUUACUAGGCUGCAGACCCAGCUUCGUGUUGUACGUGCAUUUCGAUCCACAUUAGAAGAUUUAGAAGAACGUCGUUCCAUUCAUAGCUUGCAUAGUCUUAGAAGUUCACGCAGUCAUCCCGGAGGCAUGAGCACGAGUGGUACAAUGACUAGUCAAGGUCUCUCAAAUCUCUUAUAUCCACCAGGUUCCAACAUCCCAACCGGCCGGCUAAUAGGUACUAAUGUUGGCGAUCUUAAGUAUAUUGAUGAAGAUCAAAGACUUCACAAUAAUCAGCAUAUAAUAGAGAAAUUCGCAGUUUGGACAAAAUCAACAACAGUAUAAAUUCCUUUGCUAGAAGAUGAGAGGAGAAAGAUCUCGCGCGGUUCCAUAAUUUCUUUCUGAUGUAGUUUAGAGAGCAAUAUUUGUACUAGCGAAACAACAAAAAAAACCCAAACUUAAUCUUAACUACAACUGAAAAAACAGAAGAAAUUAGUUAAAAAAAGCAAACCUAAACUAAACAAAAAAAAAACUCAAAGUUAAAGCGUAAAGUGCAAAGUUGUUGCAAGCGCAGUUUAAAGAUGCAAAUUAAAAAAAACAAACAGCAAAAGAGACACGACAGAGGAAGCAUGUUAGUGAACAGAAUUUAUAAGGUUAAAAAUGCAACUACCCAAAACAAAAAGCGAUAAGCCGGAAACAGAAAAAAAAUCCAGGCUCACAAUAUGCAUUUCGUUUUUCGUUUUCGAGAUUAGAAAACUCGAAGUAAGAGAUAGCAGAAAAAAAAGUUUAAGAUUGUUUUUAAGGUACUGGCAAAGGAUUUACCUUCACAAAGAAAGAGAUACACAUAGUAGGCCACAUCCAUCGGUUAGUUAAAAAAAUAGCGGAGCCUGUUCACUGAAGUCGAUCAGUGUCUUCAAGUCACAGCCUACUACGAUUGUGAGUCUGCAUUUGAGAUUAUUUUGGUUUUGUUUUUCACGCGAGUACGUCUCGAUAAACUAUCUUACGUCUUUUUUUUCCUCGUUACAGUCGUAAGAGCGAAAAUUUUCUUUUAAUCACACUAUCUAAAUACGCGACAAGGUCUAAACCGCGAAAAAAUCAAGAGUAUUAUAUAUUGAAAAUUAAAGGAUUAAAGCAAACCCUUCUGAAAAGCAGGUAAACGGAUCUAAAGUUUACUUAUGAUUAAUGGAACACUCCCCAACCAAAAACAAAACAAACAAACAAACCCUUCCACGAGCAUAUAAUUAUAGGGCGAACAACACAAAUUGAAUCACAUCAACAACUCACUCAGUGUAACAUUUUAAGUGCAUAUUCAUCAAUGAAGACACAAACAUAAACAAACAAAACUUCGUUUGACACAUUCACACGUGUCGUCGUUCAAUUGAGCAUAGUUCAUGCGACACAUCUCCCCCAAUUGAUAGUGGUUAUUUUUAGGCAUUAAAAAAUGGUUUGGGAAUCUAAUUACGAGCGUUUUUUUUUUGCGGUGCAGCGAUGAACUUUUUUUAAAAUUAGAAGUGAAUCACUUAAAACAGUAGUUAAUUCGAGGAUGAGCUGUUUUUUUUUUGUGUUGAAAAGAGAUAGGUCCUCGCAAUCGUGAAUCGGGAACUUUCAGGGUACAGAUUGGUGUUUUGCUUCUGUUGAUCUGAAUUUUGUUUUGUAAAAAUUAAUUGUAAAAAAAAUUGGCGGAAGGCCGAGGAAGGGUUUUGACAGAUACGAUGUAGAAAAAAACUACGAGAAAAACUAUUCGGCUGAGUUCAGCGAUGUUUGAUUAUAUAAUAACGAAAAAAAAACCAACAAAAAGAAAUUCUUGUACAGGCAUUUAUCUUUCUCCAUUACUGUUAAAACUCAUUGAAAAAGUUCGUUUUGUUUGUCGCUAUCUAUCCUCUAUCCUAUGUCCUACCAAAAAAAAAACCAAAAUCAAGUUUAAGAUAAAGAAAACGUUGGCGUUUAACGGAAGAAAAAUCGUUAGUAGAGAAUUUAACAGCAAAAUUUACAAUGUUUAAAGUACUGUUUUCUGCCUUAUAGUUAAGAGAUCGAAUGAAAAAAAAAGCGACAAAGUCUUGAAAGCGAAUCUAGCAGAGGUGAUGCACCUUGCGCAUAACUCAUCCCAAAAUUUAAAAAAAUAAAUAAAAAAGGAAACUCUUACACAUACAUUUAUGGUUAGCGAUUAGAAAAUAUCAAAAAGACAGCUGCUUUUUGAACACUCGGAAAAAGAGAAUGGAACACACACACUCACACACUUUGCGGCGACGAGCUGCAAACAAAGUUUAAAGAAAAAAAGGAAUAGAGAGGAAUAUUUCCAACGGCUCUCUGACAUGUGACGGUGAGUUUGAGGAGACGAUCUUUGCUAGGGAAAGAUCCGGUGAAUCCGAUUAGAUCGUUCGGAGUAUUCUGUCUGUGCAACAACACAAACAAUAGUUAUUUUGAAUAAAUCCAUGGAUGGCAUCCGUCUUCUCCUGAUCCUAUGCAUUUUAAUUUUUCGACUUGUCGCAUGGAAUUCCCCUUCAACAAAUGCUUAUUGAAGUUUACAAAAUCAUUCAACACAUUGCAUUUGAGAGAAGUGCAUAAUUUAUGUUUUGGCCCAUAGUACAAAUUUCUUGUUUUGGCCCUCAGUGGAAAUUACUUGUUCAUGAAGCCACCGUCAAUAAUCAUGGUAGGCUCUGAUGGAUACAAAAACAGAUUUAAAAAAUCCUGCAAUUCAAAUUUAUUUCUUCUAGGCCCUCUUUGAUCGUUUCCACCAUCGUCGUCACCGUUGAUUGCUUUUAACUGCGCACUUAGUUCGCUGCCAUCAAACAUCUCGGGACCAUUUAUCUGAACUAAGCUGAACCAUGGCUGCUGGUGUAUUUAUUGCCUUACCUUGUCCGAUGAUAACAGAACCCCACGACAUAAACCAAUUCUCCUAACAACAACCCAUGUGUUUUUUGUUUCUCUUUCAUUUUGGUUUCAAUCAAACAUUGAUGCGUUUUAUCAUCACUGCUCAGUACAGAGUCGGCUCGUUAAAGAGAGAUAAAACGCGUGUGUUUCGUUUGUCGGCUGAUUCAAAAUUUUUUGCUUUGAUAGAACAUUUUUUUGCUAACAACACACAACGCCAAACAAACAUCAAACGCAGUUUGUCAGCUAUUGCAAACGGUAAGCAGCCGCCUACUUAGAUACGCUACAAAGUAGGCGACCGUUAAACUAGACCACAUGACCGUUGCGUUCCAAUAGAUGACUUCUAUUGUAAAUAGUAUAAACACCUUUCACACAAACAGACAUACAUACUUAUUGACCGAAAAGCCGAAAGUAGGUUGAUUGCCUCCAGAGUAGAAAACUGAAGAUAGUUUAAUACCAAAAAUAGAAAAACAAGCAAAGAUAAAGCUGAAAUUUCAAGAUGGAACCAUUUGACAAAGAACAAAACAAAACCCCUACCGAAAGCGCCAACUUCCAAACUUUGCAAGUACGAAUGGACGAUUCCGGUGACGGCACUUACAUGUUGAGAUGGAUCGUAAUGCCACAACUAGGGUACCCCGAGAGAAACGGGUCUGCGGUCUACGGCCCGGUUUAUUCGACGACGACGACGCCGACGACGGUCUCCGGUGCUCUGAGAUUGAGAAUCGCUGCCCUACAGUAACAAUGCCCGCCUGCAAGCUUUAUAGAUACCUAGCGAGACGAGACUAAACGAAAAUCUCUGCAACAGUGGCGCCGCUCUGUGGUAAGAAAACGUUACUUCUGUUGUUUUAUUGUAGAUGGUAAAAUCUUGAAGAAAGAUUUCGUCAAAAGCGGAAGACAUUUCAUGUGAAAAGUUGUUGAAAUAUCGGAACAUUGAACAGACUUAAUGUUGACUUAGUUUUUAUUCAACAGUUGCAAUCAGCAUUUGAACAGUACUAAUGUCUAUUGUUUUCGUCAUGUUUCGAAUAUCACAGUUCCGAUUACAGUAUGUUUUAGCAAUCAGAGAAGUUGAACAAACUUUAACCAUCUACAAAAUUUCAAAGAAGCACAUUAAACAACAAUAGACAAAAAGGAAAGAAAACGGAAUAAUUUUGUGACCAAAUAAAAGAACAAAAAAACCAACGCUAGCAGAGAGCGCAGCCAUCAAAAGGUGACAGGGGCAAGCCGAAGGCGAUUUAUUGAAUGUGUAUAGUAAAAAAAAUGAAAACACUAAAUCUACUGAUGACAUAAGUUUAACUAUAAAACCAAAAUAGCCACGAUGAUCGAGAUAUUUACGCAAUAAUUAUAAUAAUAAUAAUGAAUAAUAUUAAUAAUGAUAAGUUGAGUCAGAGAGAGAAGAAAAAGAAACAAAAAACGAGAAAAAUCACACACAUUUUACAACCUAAGGAAAACAAGGUAUUUUUACUGUUACAGAGAGAAGUUUGUGAAAACUAAAAACCCAAACCCCAUUCAUUGCGAUGGAAAACAUGGGAAGAAGGAAGAGAGAAAAACCGAAAAUCCACAAAAAAAGUAAAUAAACUAAAACUGAAAUAACAUUUGAGGUAAUACUGAAUUUAGCAAGCAAGAAACCAACCAGAAAAAAAAACAAACAAACCAACCAUAAUUACGACUUAAAACAGCUACAGCUAUAAGGAAAUAUCACAGAAAAUCAACAACGGCUGCUAGGGUGAUGCAGCAAGAAUAAAUAACAAAACAUUUGUUGAAGAAACACAACGCAAACAAAAAUGGGGAUUUAGUUUGUUAAUUGCAAAGCGCAACACACCCACACACGCAAAUGUAUGCCGUGAAUCAUCUCUGAUAGCGUUAAAAAAAGUACACAAACACUAUCCUAUAAAGGCUUAAAAAAAGAGAUAGAAUGGUAACCAAGUUACAAACUUCAAAGCGCAGCGCCCCAGAGACUAAAAAAAUCGGAAAUCAUUAACGAAUGAAGGGUUGACAACCUAUUUUAGUUAAUUUUUACCGAGUACUGUAAAAAGAAACAAAAAAAAAAACAAAGUAACCCAGCUGUCGAAAAUUGUUGGUUAAAUUUGACACAUUCAUUGUACUUUUGUUUCAGUGUUUUUCGAUGCUUUUCCCGAAUUUGGUGAAAAAUUUUGGGAAAAUUUCUACCCGUACUUUGAGGACGUGUUUUCUUCAAUCGUUGAUUCCUUGAAUGCGACAGUCAAAGCAACCACUGACUUUGCUUCCCAGAAGCUUUCUUUACCUUGUUUUUUUCUUUUUUAAAGUCACAGUAGGCCAAUGUUGGGAUAAUACAAUUGUACUUAAAACUUUUCAGUUUUGUUUAUUUUAUUUUUUCGUAGUUAGCUUUGAUCACUAACUAUUCUCUUAUCUGUGAUAGCUUAUAUGAACUUUAUUAGAACUUAUUCUUUCCUUCGAUUGAUGGUUUUAAACUGUCGCAACUUCUUUUACCGAUAUGCUGUGAAAAGGAUUUCGAUAAACUGAAGACUUGUAGGUUUCUCCUUCAAUGAUACGAAAAUAGCUGAUCGGUGGACAAACUAUUUAAAUAUUGAAAAAUUUCCCAAGUCCGAUAUUUUCUAAGAUUGAAAAUUUGGUCCGAAUUUCGUUUGUUCCUCUGAUGAAAGAUCCGAAAUUAAAUCAUUUGUUUUGCGGAAUCAAACCGUUUUAAUACUGAUUUCACUGACAUGACCCUCGGAGGAAAAUUCUAUUUUCGCUGCAUAGCCUACUAAAGUCUGCGCGACGACAGUAGGUCAAUAAAUGCCAAGAAAAAAUCAGCUUUCCAACCUAUUUGGACACACACGUUUGUGCCGUCCAAAAUGAGCGAAUUCAGAGAAUUUCCGUGCUUAUGAAAAAUGAGUCGGAAAAAUUUCCCCGUUUGGCAACAAAAGCAGGAUAUGAGCCGUAUUCUGGUCUUCAAUUAAAAAAUAAAGUAAAUACAUUCGGCAACACUGAAGAGCUAGGAAAAAUGCCGAUAGAAAACAAAUUAGUCAUUGUUCUUUUAUUAUGAGCAAGAGGCGUGUUUUAAAGAAUUGCUGAACUGUUUUGAACCGGAAUGAUCGUGCCAGUUCACGACAAUGAUUCAGAACGAUUGAUGAUUGGCCCGACUCCGGUAAAGAGGACGGAGUGGCUGGAAAAGCACAGAUUUAUUGUUUGUUGUUCACAAAGGCUGUUUUGAAAAUCUUCUGGCUCCAAUAACUAAGACGGAAUGGCCGAAAAAGCACUGAUUAGAAGAGAUUUUGUCAUGAUUUCUUUCAGAUUGUCUUUUCAAACAGCGUCACCAGAUUGGAAAAGCUGUUGCAAUUUUUUUUCCGGCUUCUAUAAAUAAGACGGAUUGACUUAAAAAGCACAGAUUGAAGUGGAUGUUGCCUGAAAUUGUUUUAUCACAUUGCUUACCAAAUACGAAAAUUUUCGUUUUUCGCUUGCCGCGAACGUGCUACUCUUAGAAGUAUAACUCAAAUCUCAUGAAUUUAGUGAUGGUUCAGGGAGUUUUGAGGUAUACAUAGAAUGCCAAAUUUUGGUGUUUCUCAGCUUAGAUGUCUUCGCCGUCCUUAAAAUGUGUUAUGAUUAUUUCGGCUCCGAUAAGUGAGACAGAGUGGUUGAAAAAUCACAGAUAAAAGUGCUCAUUGAUAUGAUUGUUCCAGCUCCGGUAAAUAAGACGGAGUGCUGGAACCAAAUGGCUGGACUGGACAAGCCUUCGAUUGAAGAAGUUUUCGCUGAGAUUGUUGCGGCUCCGUUUGAAAGCACUGAGUGGAUGGAAAACCACAGAGUGGAUGGCUGUAGCAAAGUUUGCUUUAAUAGUUCAUCGGAUCCAGUAAAUAAGACAAAAUGGUUGAAAAAGCACAGAUCUAAUAGGCUGAGAUCCAAUUCCGGUAAAUAAACCAAAGUAACUGAAAAAGCACAGAUUUGUAAGGCUUUUGCAUAAAUUGUUCAAGGAUUGUUUAAAUAGAACAGAAAUGAAAAAUAUCAAUAAAAUAAAAUUUAUUUGGAAACAAUUGAAUGUUUCCAUCGGAAGAAAUCAAAAAGAAUGGGGAAAACCUAUCAAAGCAACCUUUUGCACGAGUUUGAAGAACUUGCUACCAUCUCCGUUAUUGAAUCAUUACCCAGACUUGGCCUACUUAACAAAAUUCAUUUUCUUUUUUCGUAUUCAAAGCUGACUGUCAUCAGGUGUGUAUAAUGGGGGAAUUCGUAGCUACUUUUUCCAUUACAAUUUUUCCUCGAAUGAAUUUCAUUUAAGUUACAGCGUUAGAGUGUUGCUUUUAUGAUUUUUGAUAAAGAUUACAAACAAAAACUAAUAAACAGCGCAACAAAUUGGUUACAAGUUGCCAUCAUUCUACCGUUGCCAUAUAUGAGGAAUACAUGAAUAGAAAAAAAGGGAUUAGACUAGGACAAUUGACUCUAAUUGUCGCUACAGGCGGAGCAGAAGGACGUUAUUCUAACUAAAUAAGCAUUUUAAUAAUUCACCCUAAGGUAUAACGCGGUGGUGUUUCGAGAGUUUGAAUCCAAGUUUACACAUUCUUCUGAGCACAUAUGUUAAAAAAAAACGAAAUAACACCAAAAUAAAAACUCCCACACUUAAUGAGAUAGGACACGACACCCCCCCCCCCCCCCCCCUCCUUUAAUGGAUAAUUCUAUAAGAACCAAAAAGCAAAUCAAAGAUUUCUUAAAAAAAAAACCAGCAUAUGUGUGUGUAAUACUUAUGUCACCUAAGGUGAACUAUAACUUGAUAAUGCAAAACUAAUCCUUACAGUAAAUACAAACAAAAACAUAUACACUUCGAAGACAUGACACACGUGAAUAGAACAAAUCGUUUUGUUUGUAGCUGUUCACAUUUAUUCACACACAAUGCCCAAACCCAAACAGACACAUAUAACUCAAUAAACAUAAACACAACUUAGAUAAAGGAGAAUUAAAUUCAAGAUAAAACAAAAAGUAAACUUAAGUCGUGUAAAACAACUGACAAUUUUCAAACAAACAGCAGCCAACAACACACACUAGCAGCAAGCAAACAACAACAGCACUUACUUAGGCACCUAUAAUGUCGUCGUGAGCCUCGUUUUUUCGAUGAUUUGUUGGAAGUUUUCCGAAAUCGGUCUCAGACUUAUUUACUUGUUUGGAAUUUGAACGUUUUGCUAAAUGUUAGCCAAAACCAAAACAUAUUUAAGCAUAAUGAAAAACAAAAUACGAUCACACACACACACACUAGAACAAGAAUAAGCUAAAGUUUAAAGAAAAAAAAAUCGCGGGUAAAACACAAGCAACCAAGAAGAACCGUAGCUGAGUUGAGUAAGUCGUGAAGUAGUUUUUACUAAAAAAUGAGAUAAUCAAGUGCAAGUAGUAGGACUCGAAAUAAGAAAUUGAAGAAAUUGAAAAAUCAAACCAAAAAAAAAAACACUACCAAAACAUCUAGUCAAAUGUCUCGAGUGCGAAUCGGUGAAGAGCAGUUGAGUGUAAGUUGUUAUGUGCGCCUUCUUCCUAUUGUUUUGCGUUACACGAUUAAAUUAUAAUAGGGUCUUGAUUUCCGGUGCUGGUUUCUAAUACUCUGUCGGUUUUUGCGUUUCUGCUAAAUUGGUCUCAGAACCCUAGACACGACGCUUUACCUUUUAUCGUAGACACCCCUCAGCCCGAAUCUAUCUAAUCGAAGCAAUCCAUGAAGAGCGAGCUAGCUAGAGAACAACAGCUGCGUAGGUAGGACAGCUAAAACCGGAAUUGGGGACGGUUGCGCAUUUUCUCCAAAUCCUUCGUUACUCUUAAGUAGAGGAGAAAACCAGGAAAAAAAAAUAAAAAAGCUCCCCUUUGCAUUUAAUCGAUUAUUGUGUUUGUCCUCCUCAAUACAGACCGAUAUGUAUGGAUGAAUAGGAGAAAAAACACAGAACCCACCUGGAUUAUGCACAGUGGGUUCAACGAAAGACAUCUCAAACCAAAACAAAAACAAAACUAGGCAUCAAUUUGCAGACAGAGACAAGUUAGAUGAAGCUCUAGAUAUUUUAAUGAGUUGAUAGCGAACUUUAACUAAAAAGCCUUUACUAUUAUAUACUGUUGUUUUAAAACUCAAAUUGAAGCGUUACUUUUGACUCUCUAUACAUUUAGCGAAAGCGUUCGUCCUAUCGAUGCGUUUGCGCCCGGUGGGUUUCCUCUAUUGGUUUGCGUUUGCGAGACCCAGGUCAGGCUAAUUUGCACGUACGGCUCCAUCAGGAUCGCUGAAAAGUAUUGAAAACAUGAUGAAAAGAAAAGGUUAACCCCAACAGCAGCGAAGGUGGGAGUGAGAACGAAAAGCCACAGCUUCUGUCCUUUUGUAUUGUGUAUUAUAUCAAUUGUUAUGAUUACGCACAACAUAAAGGGAAACAUGCUUCUUAAAAGAUCCUAACGGAGGCAUCCAACAGGCAAAAAGAGAGUAAAACUAAACACGAUUUUAAUCACUACAAAAGCCAUGCAUGUGUUCAAAACGAUAAUUCCCCCAUAUAUAUGUAAAACGAAUCCGAAAACACUUAUAGUGACACAAAAAGAAUGCACAGGAAAGAAAAGCAGCAACGUAUUACGGAGUGACGUCACCCCCACAUCGGACCGCCAUUUUGGAAACGCCUCUGGCAGUGCGAAACAAAACAAAACAAGGAACGGAAAAUAAAACAAAAAGUAAACAAACAUGGUCAAACGUUAAGUAAAGCAAGCCCACCGUCAGCGCGCAACCCAAAAAACCAAAACUUACUAUUACUACGAAGUAACGAACAGGAAAUCAAACGCCUACUUAGGUUCCUUCUCUCUAAAUCCACACACACAGGGAUCAGAAUUAGUGGUCUUCGAUUUUGUCAUAAACUAACUCACACUACACUAGGGUACGUAUGUCAUUGAAUCAUUGCAGUCAUUUUCACGUCACGAGAUUAAAAAAUAAACAUUGUAAACAAAAACAAAACUUAAACGACAAAAACUGAUCUCCUGUCCAGCUCUCUCUUUCCCCAACAACCCAACUCCAAACAAUCUUUGUUCUAAUCCCAAUUAUUUCUCGUUCCAAAACAACCCCCCUUCAACCUUCAAUUAAAAGUUAAACCCUUCGAAACCCAAACCAAAAACAAUGAAAAAAAAAAAUAAACAAAACAAACCGUUACACUUUAGGUUGAAAACUAAUAUUUACAGUGAGUUAAGUGCUAAAUAAACUAGUGACCUACCAUAGUGUGUAAAGUAUGGGAAAUGAAUAAAAUGAAACCAAAAAUGUUAUUUAUUUGAAAUAGUUGUUACAAAAAGAAACGAGAGAGAGGAGAACAAGAACAAAAAUUAACCACAAUUUAAAAAAAUAUUGAAAAAUGGUUACUUUACUUUUGAUUCUGUUUUCCCAUUGGUUGUUCACUUGAUUAUUCUCGAAAUGUAAUAGUAAAUGCUGACAAAACAAAUUGUCGAAGCAGAAAUAUUGAGGUUCAAAACCCAUAAAGAGAUAAAUAUUGACGCGCAGCAGUGUGUACGAAAACAAAAUGAAUAGACAAAAGUAUUAAUUUUUUUUAGAGAUCACAGCAACCAUUGCGCGAUACACACAGACAGGCAGGCGGACAGAGAGAAUGAAAUGAAAAACAAGUAACUCGACGAAAGCCUUGACGAAUUUCAUUCUAUCGAUGUUAUUUCAACAGUGACCCGAAAAACGGACGGAGAAGAAGAUAAACAAAUAGUCAAAAGAUCAAGUUGUAUAGAGAAAAAUGAAAACAGUUAGCCAGUACAGUAUGGGGCAAUGAUGAAAUUUGACAAAAAAAAGUAAAUAAAAUUAUAAAAUCGCGCGCGUCGUUUAGUCGUAGGACAGUGAAAUUAAAAACAAAAAACAAAGCAGGCACAUGAAAGCUGGUGACCUACAACACAACACAUUCUCUCUCGAAGAAGGAGAAAAGGAAAAAUAAUAAAAAAAAUACAUAACAACAAACUUCAAGUACUAACUAGUUUUUCUCGAAAAAAAACAAAA